UCCCAGGAUGCCCUGGGUGGGAAGCGGCUUCUCGGCCACCGUGGCGUUGGUUGCCAUGGUGCUGUAACGGGUCUGCGGAAUGUCGGCGUCCGCGCUGCCGCUGUCUCCCGCUCGGGUGUUCGCGGAGCUUUUAGCCCCGCCGCUCGGGGGCCGCGGGCGGGAGAACGAGCCGGUGCCGGGGCUCCCCGGCGGUCGCAGCACCCCAGUGCCGCCGGGGCGGGAGGUUCAUGUGAGCGGCAGCGCGGAGCUGUGCGCGGCCCCGGACCGGGCGCGGGUCUCCAUCCGGCUGGGCAGCAGGAAGGGGGAGGCCGGGGAGGCGCGGAGCAGCGUGAGCCGGCGGCUGGAGUACAUCGCGCAGAGCGCCCGGCAGCGCGGGGUGCAGGAAGAAAAUGUGACUGUGACAAAGGAUUUUAGUAGAGUAGAAAAUGCUUAUCAAAUGGAAGCAGAGGUCUGCAUUACAUUUAGUGAUUUUGGAAAAAUGCAGAACAUUUGCAACUUACUCGUUGAGAAACUGGGUAGUUCUGUUAUCAUCAGUCCACCUCACUUCUACCAUACAGCAGAAGCUAUAGACACCCUUCGGCGUCAAGUAUGUCUUGCUGCUGUUGGGAACACACGUCGAAAAGCUCAAGAGGUCUGUCGACUGUUUGGCCAGUCACUGGGAAAACCGCUGCUAAUCAGAGAGGAGGAAAUGAAAGAGUGGGAAGGCCAAAUAGACAGUCACCCAUCCAAUUCCUCAGACACACUCACUGUGCAGCAGAGAAUCCAAAGUGCCACUAUUUAUGCUUCUUCAAAAGUAUUUGCUAUUUUUGAGAUAAAGGGAAGAGAAAAGAGGAAAAACAAACUUAUCUAAACGCAUGUUAAAGCAUUUUUCUUAUUUGUCUCUGACAAAUCUUGGAAUAAAUUUAUGUACUUCAAAGUACAAAUUUAUUCAGACCUGCAUUUUCCUCUAUAAAUGAUCAGGAAAAACUAGUUAUAACAUUAGUUGUCCGACCCCUUCCCCCUCAAAAAAAUAAGACCGGAUUGUUCUCAGAACUACCUGAAGACACACAAAUAGUGUUACCGUGGUUUUUCAAACAAAUUGAAGGUGGACACCCAAGCUACACUGAAAUCAUUGGCAGUUUCCAUGAGAGGAGAGGAAGGCUCAAAGGCUUUAUACAUACUUCAUGCCAUCACUAGUAUUCCUCCCCUUUCUACACCCUUAUUUACACAAGGUAGAAUUGGGCAGGACACCAGUAGGAAGCUCAUAUAUACAGCUUUUUUGUAUGCUAAAGUAAAAAGGCCUCCAGCACAUUUAUUUUCUCUCUUACACCUGGAGAAAGACUGAUUAAAUAUCAGGUUCCUUAGAUACUAAUUUGUGUCCUAAGAGUUGGUCUAAGCAUAUUAAGCAAAGAUAAAUAGCUCAGUGUACACUCCUUCAAAAAAGUAGAUAUUCACAUUACAGAUUUACUUACUGCAAGUAUCCACAAGAACUUGUUAACAUUUAGUCCCAGUUGGCCUCCAUCUAGAUCAGUGCCCUUCAACUAUUGUGAAUAUAUUACUUUUGAAGAAACGUUGCAUGCUAGACUAUUUAGCUUGCACAAAAAGCUAAAAUAUUUGAUGUGCAGAAUGUUUGGUGCUGCUAGUUGCAAUGCAGCUAUAUUUAAAGCUUUCAUCUCAAGCUAGUGAGAACUAAAUUAUUCAUUGUCCUCAAUUCACAAUAUUCUGAUUUUGUCUAUAUAUAUAUAUAUAUAUAGACAGAGAGAAAAUAUUUUACUUUAGUAACCUCAACAUAAUGCAUCACUGAAUAUGUAAUGGAACUGAAAUAAGCCAUUAACAUACACAUCAAAAUACGCCAUUAACAUAUGUUUCAUAUAGAGUUCAAUUUUAUUUCGUUAAUGAAAUAAUUUACAAAUCAGUUUUACCCUAGUUUCCAUUUGUCCCAGUUUAAAAAAGGAAUACACUGUGCAGUUGUACAUCACAUGCACAAUUUACAUAUAAUGUUAAAUACUUCAGUCAUGAGGGUAGAUUUUUCUCAACCAUGGUUGCAUAAUGUAUUUAGAUCCAUCAUAUCUACUGAAGUAAGCUGUCAGAUCAGGAUUGUGUAUCUGCAGAAAGAAUUUUACAAAUUAAUUGGUAACACCAACAUUACUGAAAAAGGCUUGGUGGUUUAACUGUACUGUAGCUAUUAAGAUUAAUUU